AUGACUUCUAGUACACGCGAUUCAAGCAACGCGCAUUUUCAUCUCACAUCAUCAUCUACACCAACAAUGGAAGAUCUUCCGGCAGCAGAUCUGCCAGAGGUCAUCCAUGAUGCGGAUGAAAACGAGAACGGAUCCUCUUCGCUAAUUGACAAGUCAACGCAGCACCGCUACAGAGUGUUCAAGAAAAAUGCACCUUUCCUCUACGACUACCUAUCCACCAACUCGCUCUUGUGGCCGUCGCUAAGCGUCCUGUUUUUUCCUGACCUCGAAAAUAAAGAAAAUAAUGUCAAUGACGAAGUGACCGAGGCCUCGAUAGCAGCGUCGCCUUCAUCUCAGUUAGCCUUUCAGCGGCUUCUUUUAGGAACAUUCACGUUGGGCCAGUCUGUGGAUUCUAUUUCUAUCCACCAACUCCCGUACUACCAGAACCUUAACAAAUGCAUCAACAUUGAACAGUGGAACUACUCAACAGAGAAAGAAGAGUUUGAGUUGUCUACCAUCUCCAAGAAUAAAAUCCACGUAAAUCAAACUAUCAACCAUUUGGGAGAUGUGAACAAAUUGAAGUAUAUGCCCCAGAACCCAGACGUGAUAGCCAGUGCAAAUAACUUGGGCCAUUUACUGGUUUACAAUCGUACCAAACACUCUACUAUCAAGACACUCAUUGGCGAAAAAGAAAUCAACGAGCCACAGCUACGCUUGGUGAACAAUGCCCACCCUUCUACUACAGACAUUUUUGCCUUUGAUUGGAACAAUCAGAAAGAAGGUGUUGCAGUUGCAGGUGCUAUGGAUGGAGUCAUAAGCUUGUAUGACAUACGAGAUAGCUAUGCGACGAGACUGGAGAAUCGCAUCUUCCUGUCCUGGGACUUUCUCAAUGGCGUUGGCAUCAACGACAUUGAAUGGGUUCCAACACAUGACUCCUUUUUUCUCAGUGCAGACGAUAAUGGCAUGGUCCGACUCCACGACUCUAGAAAGAGUGAUCCAUCCGUCAGCUUUUCAACGGGUUCUGCCGUGAACAGCUUGAGUAUCAAUCCAAGUAAUUCCUUCUGCAUUGCUUUGGGGCAUGGAGAUGGACAGAUCGAAUUGCGGGACAUUCGGUCUCCCUCAGAAUGCUUGUACAGAUUCACACCCCAUACAGAUGCAAUCACGCAAUUGAAAUGGCAUCCUAAGUUCCAUAGCGUCUUGGGCUCUUCCUCCGGGGACAGACUGGUAAAGUUGCAUGAUGUGGCCAAUGAGCACAAGCUAAUUUUCAACCAUGAGGGCCACAUGCUUGGUGUAAACGAUUUCGAUUUCUCUCAUCAUGAAGAUUGGAUGAUUGCCAGUGUAGCUGAUGAUAAUUCGCUUCACUUAUGGACGCCUGCUCACCACUUAGUCAGGUCCUAUCUAUAA